CUUAAUUGGGCUAUUCGUAAGUUAGAUGUCAAAAAUGCAUUUUUACAUGACAAUCUCACUGAAGUAUAUAUGUGUCAGCCUCCUGGUCUCAUUCAUCCACAAUUUCCUAAUCAUGUUUGUCGUCUCCGCAAAGCUAUCUAUGGCCUUAAACAGGCUCCUCGAGCCUGGUUUUAUAGAUUCAAUAGUUUUUUGCUGACGCAUGGUUUUGUCUGUAGAUUUGGGGGAUUUACACUUUUUCCUAGGUGUCCAAGCUGUUCGAGUACCAUCUGGUUUAUUUUUAUCUCAGCAAAAAUAUGUGUCUGAUCUUCUCACCAGAUUUCAUCUUCACACUCUUAAGCCUGUUCGGACCCCUCUUGCUACGCGAACUAAACUUUCUCUCACUGAUGGGGAUCUCCUAGCAGAUCCGUCUGAGUAUAGAAGUAUGGUAGGUGCUUUAAAGUAUUUAACUAUGACUCGACCUGAUAUUACAUUUGCUGUUCACUUGGUUUCCCAAUUUAUGCAUGCGCCUCGUACACCUCAUCUUUUGGCUGUUAAGCGUAUUUUCAGGUAUCUUCAGGGGUCUAUUUCACAUGGGUUACUGCUUCGGCCGAGCACUUCUACUCCUACCAUACAGGCUUACUCGGAUGCUGAUUGGGCCGGAUGUCCUGAUAGCAGUCGGUCCACCUCUGGUUUUGCUAUUUUUCUGGGUCCUAAUUUGGUCUCUUGGAAGGCCAAGAAGCAGCCUACUGUGUCUCGUUCUUCCACAGAGGCGGAGUAUAGGGCAAUUGCAUACACUGUUCAGGAUACUCUACAUAUACGCUCCAUUUUAUUUGAGUUGUGUUUUCCUGUGCAUGCACCAGUCACACUUAUGUGUGAUAAUAUUUCAGCUUCUUAUUUGUCAGCUAAUCCUAUUCAGCAUGACCGCAAUAAGCAUCAACAUUAUUGAUUAUCAUUUUGUACGUGAGAGAGUUUCCCAUGGUGAUCUGGUUGUUCGACAUGUUCCUACACAAUUCCAGCUAGCGGAUAUUUUUACUAAGAGUUUAUCUUCGCAACGUUUUAUUUUUCUUAGGGACAAUCUGCGCAUUGUUUCCCCUGCACAGCUUGAGGGGGUGUAUUAAUGUAAUUAAUACUUUAAUUAGGUUUCCAUAUUUAUUUUGUUUCCUAAUGUACUCUGAACUCUCUUAUUAUAUAUAUGACAUCUAGGCUACCACAUUGGGUAUGUCUUUCCAUUA